CGUGCAGUCCAUGUGCGAGUAACACUGGCAGGACUCGGACUUGUGGCCGUUAAGUCUGUGCGAAAGACGACUGGUUUUCCCAGGGGAAUCAAUUACUGUACGACCCUCUCGUGGGCAGCUGGCCAAAUGGGGUGCUGGAUAGGGGGUGUCAAUGACGUAACGAAGCGUCUUUCCCGAAUGAUCACGUGACACGCGCAUUUGAAACACAACUCAAAGCUGUCUCCGUUAACAUCUGAGAAGGUCCUUACUUGGAACAUCUGCUCGUCGAGAGCUUCGCAUGGUGUUGAUAAUGUCUGUGUUUUGUUUGUACAGAAAGAAGAAAUAAAGUUUCCAAUGACUCCUGCCAUCUCUACAGUCUUCCUGCUGUCUUUGCUAAUUUUCGUGAAUGGAGUUGAGUCGUCAUACAUGUAUGAAAAUUCCUAUGAUGACGAUUAUAAGGGGUGCAGAGAAGAAAGAGAAAUGGAAAUCACAGAGCAUUACCUGGACAAUGACCUGAAUAAAAAUGAAUUCCUGAGAUCUGCCUGGAAUAAAGCGAAGAAUCAGUGGAAUGCUUCAACCCCUUAUGUUUUGGAUUUGAAUACCUCCAUUGCUAUUAGAGGCUACACCAGUGCCUCUUUCCAUUCUGAGUUGAACUCUGCAGUUCAAGAUGGCGUGACUUUGGUGGAAAAAUAUCACUACAGGUCUAUCCACUUCCUGCUCACUAAGGCCAUCCAGACCCUCAAUCAAGGUAACUGCAUCAGGGCCUACAGAGGAGUUAGCGUAGAGAUACGUCCAAGGGAAGGAGAGGCUUUUCGCUUUGGAAGAUUUGCAUCGGCUUCUAGAAAUAUAAUGGUAGCACUGAAUUUUAAAAAUGCAACAGUAUUCAAUAUGACAACAUGCCAUGCGGCGGACAUUUCAAAUUAUUCCUUAUAUAGGACAGAAGCUGAAGUGCUUAUCCCACCUUAUGAAGUGUUUAUUGUCAAAGAAAGUAACGGUAGAUACGUAACUCUUGAAUCGAAGAACAUCACUGUGAACUACAGAUGCUGGCCUCUGAAUGGUUCACCAGGACAGAACACAAUUCCAAAUAACGCUGGCCCGUCGCUGACCCCUUUGACAGUGCUUCACCUGCUCCUCGGGUUUUUUACGAGUCCAUUUUUUUGGAAAACAUAAUGAUGUGUGUUUUAAAUGGAUGAAUUUCAAGAAAACUGAUGGUCCAAAAGAAGAGAAAAAAAAUCUGUAUAUGCCUUCAGAAACUUUUUAUAGUCCUUUAAUGGCAAGCUUUCUUUUUUAUUUCUAAUGAAUUGUUUUCUUUCUGAUGAUGUGUUUUCACACCAAUUGUGUCAAAAUUUGUAGUUCUUGCAGUGUGUGUGUGAUUUUCUUAAUAUUGGCUAUUAAUGUGUGUUUUUAUAUAGAAAUAGUAUAGAAAUAGUGGUAAAAAUAAAUAAUUGUACAUAUUGGAAAAAAUUAUUUUUUGCUGCACUGAAUUUUCAAUAAAAUGCUUUGUCACCUGCUUUUUUAUGUUUUUAACCUUCUUGGAGCUCACCCUGAGUGCCUUUUGGGAUCGGAAUUCUAUAUCAAUAUGGUUAACCCCAAAUGUCUCUAGAGAAUGGCUGUUAUGAUAAUUUGUAUAGCAUUAGGCCUGAAGAACACUUGGGACAAUAUUCUGCUGUCAUCAUAUGACUGAAAUAACAUAAUGUUGCAAAAAACCAUGAAUAUUUCUAUGUGUUUUGCUACUCUUAUGAUAUCUCAUCAGUAUUCAUUAAUACCUUCAACCAAAACAGAAGAUGUAAAGCCAGUUUUAGAACAAACUUAAUGUGACCUAGUAGUUGAAUCAAGUGAUAGUGAUGACAAUGUGAAUUGGCCAUCAGACAUUGACAAGAUUUUUGACGCAUACUUCACUGUACAACAAAUCUGCCUUGAUAUGCCUGGUGAAUUCAGUCACCUGAUGUUUACCGUGGUACAUGUAGGUGUUGUUACAAAAAUGCAAAAUUAUUGCAAUCAAGUGGAAGGACAGGAUAGAAGUUAGCAUCCUAAGCAUUGUUCACAGUGUAGCAACAGUCAAUGUUCAUGUCAGAGGUAAUAUGGAGCCUUGCACUGUGGUAGCCUACAAGAACACACUGGGCAGAUCAGGCACUGACAUUUUACUGUGUCAUGAGCAAACUUUCAAAAGGAUAUUGUAAGAGAAACGUGCAAAGAAACACACUUCUAUUAUCCUGAUUGCAACAUCGAGGCUGUGUGUUGAUGACUGUUUCAAAACAUAUCAUACAAAAGACGUGGCAGUGGACAUACCUUUCCAAUGUAUUUACUGUAUGUUGACAUUUUUGUUACUUAAAUGUUUAUGUUUAUGUAAUAAAUUUUUUUCUUGUUGAAACAAA